GUCAUAGCUUUGCUGGUAUGUUGUCCGUCGCGAACGGACACCCCCCGACAACAGACGACAGACGACAGACGACAGACGACUUGGGUGGGGCAGAACACGCGCGUCAACGCUACAUGACGGGCUAGGACCAGGACGGGCGCUACAACCCUAUGAACCGAUGUCGACGCGGCGACAUGUGUCUGCGGCAUCCGGCGCGCCUAUGCGCCGCCGUCGCCGUGGCAAUCUUCGAUUGGCGACUGGUUUUGGUGGAGUCGUAUCCGACCGAACUGCGCCUCGACGCGCGUUGCGAAGGUGGGAUGGCUCGCGUACACCCCACACGUCGUGCUGCUGGUCACGGAGCACCGAUAGAUGCCACAAACACGAGUGUGCUGCUGAGUUGGGCAAACCACACUGAUGUUGAGGAUGCGCAGUACGACGAAAAUGAACCCACGAGGCAGAUCCCCGCUGCGUGGACGUUCCCUCCCGGUAAACGAGAAUAUUGCGAUGGCUGCCGCUUGGGUCUCGCGGCAUCGCACGAAGACCCGAAUUCGAUGAUGCUGAUCACCGCUUCUGCGGGAUCCUUUCACGAUCAAGGCGUGCUUUUGAAUGGGAACGUGAACAGGCCGGCCACCGCCUGCUCUGGUCGACGCAUGUACACGACGCGCAAAGCCACCGUCCACAACUUAAUUUGGUGCGCACCUGAGAAAUCUGCUUCGAUUGAGACGGUGGAAUUUCAUAUCACAGCUUCAGGUGGCGCAUCAAUGCCCUUCAAGCGAUACGUAUUCGUUCUUCAACGUAACAUCACGCUCGAACCUGAUGAAGAUUUGCACGGCGCUCUAUGUUUCGCCUCAGAGCGUUCGCCUCAAAACAGUUACUUCAGUUGUUUGACACUUGUCUACGUAACGCUGGGCUUGUUGGCGACUACCAUGGUGUCAGUGUGGGCAGUUUCAACACGUGCACGACGCUCACGAUGUAGAUAUUCGGCGUUGGGCGCGGAAGCUUUGGACCGAGAGAUUGAAAUGCCCCAGACUUAAGUUCGACCGAUCUAUCGCGUGUGAUUAGACCUGCGUCGGCGUUCGAGACUGAACGAAGUGUUGAAUGAUCCCACGCCAGUUGCCUUUGCCCAGCUUCGUAAGUC